UGGUCGCAGCCUCCCGGCGCGGAGCGCUUUUCCUGCCCGCCCCGGCUCAGCCCGGCCGACCCAGAGAGAAGUUUUCCAGAAAAAAAUGCCCCGCGCGCCGCGGGGCCGAGGAGCCGCCCGGAGCCGCCGCGCGGAGGCCAGAGCUUGUCCAAAAUGGCUGCCCAGAAACAACCCCUCGCUUGUGUGAGAAGAUGAUGCCAUUUUAAGGGACCGUUUUCUGUUAUGGCUCAUGUCUUGCUUGCUCUCUAUCUGCCUGAGUCCCUGAUCAUGCCUGCCUUUUUAACGAUUUAUCCACAAGACUGUUGAAAUUUUAACUGUCCAAGAUGCCUGUCCCUCCCCCGCCAGCACCGCCGCCACCACCAACAUUUGCUCUCGCCAAUACCGAGAAACCGACCUUGAAUAAGACAGAGCAGGCUGGGAGGAAUGCUCUUCUCUCCGACAUCAGCAAAGGAAAGAAGCUGAAGAAGACAGUUACCAAUGACAGAAGCGCGCCAAUAUUGGACAAACCAAAAGGAGCCAGUGCCAGUGGUGGUGGUGGCUACAGUGGAGGCGGCGGAGGUGGCGGUGGUGGUGGAGGAGGUGGCGGUGGCAGCAGUGGAAAUUUUGGAGGGGGUGGACCCCCCGGAUUGGGAGGACUAUUCCAGGCCGGAAUGCCGAAGCUGAGGUCCACCGCCAACAGGGAUAACGAUUCUGGAGGAAGCCGACCACCGAUUUUGCCACCCGGAGGAAGAGCCACAUCUGCCAAGCCCUUUUCGCCCCCCAGUGGCCCGGGGCGGUUCCCCGCACCCUCACCAGGACACAGGAGUGGUCCCCCAGAGCCACCCAGGAACCGAAUGCCUCCCCCCAGGCCUGACGUGGGCUCAAAACCCGAUAGCCUUCCCCCUCCGGUACCAAAUACGCCGAGACCCAUUCAGUCGAGUCUGCACAACCGGGGGUCCCCGGCAGGGCUGGGGGCCCCCAGGCCCCCCUUUCCCGGAAACCGAGGUGCUGCUUUUGGAGCAGGCUCUGUGCGUCAGAACCCCUCGAGCUCCUCCUCUCCAUUCUCCAGGCCCCCUCUGCCCCCCACCCCCAGCCGAGCCUUGGAUGACAAGCCCCCUCCACCACCUCCCCCGGUGGGCAACAGGCCCUCCAUCCACAGAGACGCCGUCCCAUCUCCUCCCUCACAGAACAGCAAACCUCCAGUGCCUUCCACCCCACGGCCUGGGUCCGGGUCCCAGGCACCACCUCCUCCGCCACCGCCCAGCCGCCCGGGCCCUCCUCCCCUGCCGCCGACUUCCAACGAUGAGAUCCCAAGGCUGCCACAGCGGAACCUGUCCCUCACCUCCUCUGCACCUCCUUUGCCUUCACCUGGACGCUCCGGGCCUCUCCCUCCCCCACCCAACGAGAGGCCCCCUCCUCCAGUGAGGGAUCCGCCAGGCAGAUCAGGCCCCCUCCCUCCACCUCCUCCGAUUAGCAGAAACGGAAGCGCACCCCGGGCCCUGCCUGCCACCCCUCAGCUGCCAUCCAGGAGUGGAGUAGACAGCCCCAGGAGCGGGCCAAGGCCUCCUCUUCCUCCAGACAGGCCGGGUGCCGGGGCGCCGCCCCCUCCCCCGCCAUCAACAUCAGUUCGAAAUGGCUUCCAAGACUCAUCCUGUGAAGAUGAGUGGGAAAGCAGAUUCUACUUCCAUCCGGUUUCCGAUUUGCCACCUCCAGAACCGUAUGUGCCAACAACCAAGACGUAUCCCAGCAAACUGGCCAGAAAUGAAAGCCGGAGUGGAUCCAACCGAAGAGAAAGGGGUGCCCCACCCCUUCCUCCCAUCCCGAGGUGAUCUCUGACUGCUCGUCUCUACCCAAGCUCCAAAGCUGCUUGUGUUGUUGCUGUUUGAAAACCGCACGCCCCCUCCCCUUCCUCUGUCCCUCUCAGAGACAGUAGGAGGGAAGAACGAAGCUGGGGGUAGGUGCGUUGGUGGGGGGAGGGGAUCAGGAAAGACGCGCCUAGCUGUUUAUGUUGUAUAUAGUCUUGAGCUCUUAUUGCUUGCGUCAGCUGCAGCCUGCCGGGGUUGGCUGCUGGGAUCGAUAAGCUUUUGUUCCGAGUAGGCAGAGACGAACUGUAUCCCAGCUUUCAGCCCCACGAAGUCAGACGUUUUCACUGCUUAUUUGCUACAGGCUGUAGUUGUUAAAUUCCCCGAGAGCUGGUUUUGUCCAUGCCUUUCUCGCUCACAUGGCCUCUGGUCUGUUUCCAUGAACCACAGACUGCCCGAGCAAGUUGCUGAACAAGCCUCACGUAAAUGAAGCCCUGUGGUUAUCCAAUAUCCAAUCUUUGGCAGCCUGAGGUAGGCUCCAGGGCAGAGUUGUCUAACAGAAACAUGCUGUGAGCCCCAUACCCAAUCUUAAAAUGACCAGCAGCCAUGUUUUGUAAAGAUAAAAAGAAACAGGUGAAAAGAAUUCCAUUUUUCUUAACUCUGUGCAUCUGAAAUACCACGUUGACCUGUACUCAAUAUAGAAAUUAUGAGAUAUUUAUAUUUUGGUACUAACUCUUCACACUCCGGUGAUCAUUCUGUACUUAGAACAAACACAUCACCAGGUUUUGGGUGUCCAGUAGCCACACGUGCCUAAGUACCAUACUGUCAGACCGUCUGGAUCUGGAAGAUAGGAGCUGGGGCAGAAACCUCUGGUCUACACAGGCAAAUUGAGUUUUCAACAAUUCAAGAGAUGCCCCAGUACACGGUCAGAACUCAGUACCGUGUUUGGCAGGACAGUGAGACGUUGGAUCUUGGUUCCUUAUUUUGCCUUUUUCCUUAAUACAUAUGUACAGGUGUUUCUUCAGAGUGUCUGUCAGAAGGUGAUCUAGUACAGUUUACAGUCACAUGGAAUAAAGCAACUAAACUGUAAGCCGGUGAGCACUUCCCAGCUCAGGACCAGCUCGAUAGUCAGCCUUGCAGAUCUCAAGUGGCCCUCAGUCCUCCACCCCAGAGCAACUCCUUCCUCAGGGCCAGCAGGAAAGGCCAGGAAGGCAGAGAAGGUAUAAAACCAGAAUUGUGGGGGAAGGGAACAGAUUUGAGAUGAUGGGCAGAACUCUUCAAAACCCACUGAGGUCAAGUGGAUUAAGGAGCUUACCAGUAGAAACUGGGAAGAACUAGUUUUGAAUCUCUUGGGAGAAUCACUUGUUCUGGACCGAUGUAGAGAAGGGAAUGCCCUGUAGGACCACAGAAAGGACCAGGCUUGCCUUUUUCUAUACAUAUAAUUUUGUUUACAAUUUUACUGGGACUUUUGAAUCUAGCUAUAGAGUUGGAAAAAGAUUUCCAUUUUGAUGUUUUAUAUAGUUAUGUUUAAUAUUACCAUGGUCUAUUUUAGCACAUGGCCACAUGUGUGUAUGUACCUGAACUUUGUAUUUGGGGUCCAGUGUAUUGCUCACAUGUUGCUGGGAGAUGCUAACAAAAAAAAAAUCAAUCCAAAGAAAAAUGGAAAGACAUUUCUAUUUAUAGAAUAAUUGUUUCAUUUAUAUGGAAGCAGAACUUAGGAGUUCUAAUAGAUGAAAUGUCUAAUAAAUUAUGAAGUGACUGAUUUGAAUAUUUUGUAUUUUUAUAACUUUCCUUGCCAAAGCCCUGAACUUAGAACUUUAAAGAGUCAUUCUCCUCCCUUCUCCUCUGCCAUUUGUCUGUCUUCCAUGAGAAUGAAGAAAUAAAAGGCUUCACAAGCUUGACAUUUUUUAUUUCUAACAUUUUUAUAAUGUAUUUUGAAUUCUUUGUGCGAUGUUCACUAUACUAAACAUCUUUUUGAUAGACUCCAAGUGACCCACUCUGCUAAAAAUAGAAUUGUUCCUUUCUCGUGCUAUGUAUGGCAGAUAAAAGUCUGACUCAAAAGACGUGGGUCUGAAUUUUUUAAGGGAUAGUGAAAACUGGACAAGUCCUAGCAUGUCUCAAUUUUUUUGGGUACUUUUCUAAAUUAGAAAUAGGAUCACAGCUCAGAGUUGCCAUUCAUAAUAAAGAAGUUUUAGAAUGUAUUUUUCAAAGAAUGUUUCAGUAAUACACUUUACAUCCUUUCUCUAGAAAUUAGGAACCCAGUUGCAUCUGAAACUCUGGGGAAGUUCUGUGCUUAGCUAAACCUAUAGCAGAUCACAAAAAAAAAAAAAAGACUUUUUUUUUCCCCUGAAAUCAAAGCUUACAUGUAUGUUUUUUUCAUAAUAUUUCCAGUUAUGUGUAUUCAAGAUGCAAUACAGUAUUUUAACAUUCACAAAUCAUUUUAUAUGGAAAUAUAUUGCAGUAUUAAAAUUCAGUGUUCAGUGUUUCCUUCACUAUGCAUUUUAUUUACUGAAAGCUGAGAAAUGUUUAACCCAAUGGUGCCUUACUCUGUGAUCUGAAAGGAGUCGACUUUUUGUGUCCAAGUAUGGAUUAUUUGCAUAUUUGUAAAAACUGUUAGGCCUUUAUAUUUUAACUUGUAAUAGCAAUUUUAUUAUUGUAAUAGCAGAAACAGGGUGGUUAUUACAGUAUCCUCAAAUUUGGGGUAUGAAAUGGAGUUUCUCUGUUUAUAGGCAGGGGCUGUAGAGGAAUUUUUUUCAUACCACCGCACUGUGUAAACAGACACUUAGGUCUCUGUGUCUUCAGGGUAGUUAAAUGGUAGGGUAGACUCUACCCUCAACACCUGCGUCUUUGUAUUAGCCAGACAAUAAAUAAAACACGGAAUGAUACGGUGUCAA